AUGGUACGCGCCUGGUUUAUGGACAAUGAACCGACCGAUCAACGUCUGGAACACCAGCUCGAUCCACCGCGGUUCCUAACGCUGGACGAUCUGUUUAAAUGCACUGGCGUGGAAUAUUUUCAAAUUAACGUUCCAACGUACAACACGGAUGGCGUGCUGGAAAAAAUCCGCCAAGAUCGCGGCUAUUCGUAUGAGGACGAAAUCACUUGUUCCGAGGCGUGUUUGCCCGAUUAUGCGAAUAAAUUGAAAUCCUUUUUCACCGAACAUUUGCACACGGACGAAGAGAUUCGACUGGUUAUGGACGGGUCGGGUUAUUUCGAUGUGCGCAAUGGACCGGAUGAUGAAUGGAUACGGAUUGAAGUGGUUGCUGGUGAUUUGAUUAUCAUUCCCAGUGGUAUUUACCACCGUUUCACACUGGAUGCAAAGAAUUACAUUAAAGCGAAGCGAUACUUUGUUGGCGAACCGGUCUGGUUACCGUAUAAUCGUCCGGCCGAUGAAAUGGACUGCCGCAAGGAGUAUUUGAAACGAUUGGAAACUGGAUUUGCAGCCUAA